AUGUCUCGUCAAAAUCUCGCAGUACCCCUCAUGGGCGCCGCAGCCCUGCUCGGCGGCGGCGUCUACUACGCCCGCAAGCCCUCAAACACGUCAGGCGAUGCGUCUCAACAGAUCGCCAAUGCCGACAAGCCGCGCCCGACCUCCGACGAGAUGGCCACGCAGGAUCGGAAACGCGCCGCCGACGCGAAGCGCGACAACGGCCUGGGCGGCGCUGGCGUGGGCUUGAACAACAAUACUGGAGGCGCCGAGCUCAGCAGCGGCACCCGCAGUGGUUCGAGCGGAAACCGGGACACGCCCAAGGGCCCUUCCGAGAAAUUCCCAUCCGACGCAGGCCAGAUUGGCGGAGGAUACGGAGGCGGCAACUCCAACACGAGGGCGAUUGAGACGCAUGGCCCUUCGAUGAGCCCCGGAUCGUCGACGGCGACGGGAGCUCUCGGUGGAGGCAAGAGCAAUGGCGGCGGGGGCGGCAGCGAUACUGCCAGCAGCUCGAACGGCUCUGGCGUCGGAUCCAAGUUGCAAGGCUUCUUCGGUACGGGCGGAGGCCAAAAUGGCGAGAAGAAGCGCCAGGCGCCUGUGGACACGAAGAUUGCGAGCCAUCACGCCGACACGCCGACGAACAAGGGGGGAAGCCCGUGGGAUAAGCACAGGAAGGACGUCACGUCUGUUUCCGACACGGAGUCAUGA